UAAACGGGGUGCUCUGUGGGUAAACGUUUUGGAACCAGAGUAGUUCAUUUUAACCAGAACUGUCAAACGUUGCAGUAAACAAUGGGAGAUUAUCGGUUCUUCUAAAUUAUUUAACAAAGUUUAAUUAAAGUAAUUUUUAUAUGGGUGGUGAGUUCCAAUACUGCAAAUGUCUACGCACGUAGAAUUACUGACAUCACCUAAAAACAUGGCAGAGGAACAAUCGGGAGUGACGGUUAUAAUUAUAAUCGGUAUUGGAUUACUUCUGUUCAUCUUGUUAUUCAUAUUUGCCAAGAGACAAAUAAUGAGAUUCACACUGCGUUCAAGAAGAGGACCGCACAUCCAAGUUGGCUUAGAUGCAUCCAAGGAACUUAAGUUAGAAAUAGAAAGGCGUCUAGAUCUAAUAGGAAAAAUCACCUGUGAACCCCAAUUAUUUAGUAAAACUGAUCCAAGGUAUAUUGUAUGUCCGGGACAACAAAUACCUGCACACUACUAUCGUUUGAAAGCUGUAGAUGACUGUAAAAUAUUAGAGAAUGAAAUUACAAAGCAGGAUAAUUUUCUUGUUCGACAUCCUAGUGAAAAUUUAAGGAGCUAUUUACUGAUGACUCUGGCAGACCCUUUAAAUGGUAGUGGUCAUAGAUUGUUGCAUCAGUUCUGUGAUCUGUAUGAACAUGCUAGAUAUGAUCCAAACCACUUUGGUGAUGAAGAAUAUCAGCAAUACAGCAGACUCCUUAUGAAAUUAGUUGAUGCUGCAAAGCUUUUGAGAUCUUACAAUAGUAGUAGGAAAUCAUCACCUAACAGGACACCCCAGAAAAAGCAUCAAUCUCAAGAAAAAAAUAGAAACCUAUUGGAUCCAACAAGAUUACAUCCAGUUCCUCCUGCAGCAUGUAUUACAAGUGAGGAAAUCCUUAGUAUGGGCCUAUCAAGACAUGAGGUUAAUUUAAGAAGAUUGCUAGCAAAAUGUGAACUGAUGGUAAAGAAUCACCAAAAAGAUGAUGACAGAUUUGGAAAAUAUAUUACAUCUCUUGAAGAUAUGCUACAAGAAGUAAGAGGAACAUAUGAAAAUUCCAAUAAUGAGACACUGCAAAACUAUCAAAAACGUAUUACAGCUAUUAAAAUAGCAGUAGGGAUAGCUUUAAACCAAUAUGAAACUGAAAAUGACUCACAACUUACCAGACAAGAAUUAUUGGGGGUGAGACAAAGAAAUGUUGGUCAAACUUUAGGGACUGAUAAUGAUUUAGAUGCUGUAAUUAAUUAUCAUGAAAACCUGCAGAAAAAAAUUACAGAUGAUAUGGUAUCAAUUGCACAGUCCUUAAAAGAACAAUCUGAAAAGGCUAAUUUAAUAAUAAAAAGAGAUACAGAAGUAGUGGGACAAUCUACACAAUUGACAGAUCAAAAUUUUACUAAUUUAAGUGCAGAGUCAGCUAAGUUAAAGGAGCACUCUAAAAGAGCAUGGAAAUGUUGGAUGUGGGUCUUACUCAUCAUUGUUAUGGUUGUGUUUGUUAAUAUGGUGCUUUUCAUGAAAGUCAUGAAGAAACGGCAAUAAAUCGUCUUAAUUUAAAAAUGGCUUUGGAAACUUUAUAUUUUACCGUCACAUUUAGAAAUAGCGAGAAGAUAAUAUACCUAGCUAAAUGAUUUUAAAAGAAACAUUAUACCAUUUUUUAUUAUUUUAUUUAAUUAAAUUUAUUAUAUUACA